CGACGAGACUGCUGCACAACAUCAAUCCAUCAAAGGCAUGCACAGCGACAGCAGUAAGAGGACUGGUGCAAUUCGAUAAGUCCAUGGCGUGCACAGCUCUGACACCACCUACGGCUGACAUUUUCAGCGCAAGCCGAGUGGUGCUGCCGGCAUUCUGUCCUUCUUCAACGAGUGCCUUUGCUGCCCUCUCUCGGCAACAACAGCAGCAGCUACCUCGCAGCAGUCGAGCAGCAGCGCGCAAAUCCGCGCUAGCUAUUCCCAAUAGCAGCAUCAUUGGGGCGGUGAGGAAGAGAAGGGGUUGUCGAUCGGAACUGCGUUGCGGCUUGACACGCCUCUCGGGGGAUGCCGGACACAUGGUCCUUCCUGUCCUGGCCACACGUGACCAGUGGUCGCACUACUGGGGGGGUUCCGACGUCCAACGGGUGGGCAAGCUUUUCGAGGUGGCCGCGGUGGCCUUCCUGGGGUUGUGGGCGUGCUACUUCGCCAGCUUUUUCUUGGGAGUGGCGACGAUGACCGUGAUCGGAACGUCCUUCCUCUUCUACUGGCUGCUGGCGCCGAACGUGACCUCCUUCCGACGAAAUCGGGCGCUUAGAGGGAGCAUCGCUCCGUUUCCCGGGGCGAGGGGCAACUCCGUUGCCAUCUUCAGUGCUCGUGUGGUCAGCGCAGUUGAAGAGUACCACCCGGUCACCGGGCAGCCCGUGUUCCUACGCAUGGUGAUCGAAGACGAGGACGGCCGCGCGCUCAAGUUUCGGACGCGCACGAGGGCGGAGUACGCCCGCGUACGGCCGGGCAUGGCAGCCGAGGCAGUCCUGGUGAGCCCGGACGAGCGUUUCGAGGAGAUCCUGGGGGUGUCGGACACGUUCAUCCCGGCCGCGAACGUGUGGGUGGGCGAGUACCCUUAUCUGGACAAGGUUGUGAUGCGGCGACUGUUAGCGUCUCGCGACCUUAAGAGGAGGAGGCAGCAGCAGCAGCAGCAGCAGCAGCAGCGGAGGGACGCCGAUGACGACGAGGCAGCCGCUUCUUAUUCUUCAUCGCGAAGAAGGUACCAAGGUCUCAACAACAACCUCCAAGAAGACGAUGACGAGGAGCUGGACCCGAUAGCCUACCGCGACUCGUGGACGCAGACGCGGCCGCUGGACGACGACCUCGCGCGAGGAGGACGAGGAGGAGGAGGACCCUCCUCGGCGCCGCCAGCACACGCAGGAGAAGGAGCAUCUGGCCUUCCGAACGGCGGUACUGGGACAGUGCCACCAGAUUUCGGUGCCUACUUCGGAGAACGGGAGUACGAGGAGCCCUACUACGAGGGCGUGGGAUCGUCGGGAUUUUCGGGGGCCGAACGAAGAGGGAUGGUGGCCGCCGGAGAGAGGUCAGCGGCGGGGCGCGGUCGCAGCGACGACCAGCAGCAGAAGCAGAAGCAGCAGCAGUGGGAGCGGGUGUCAGGGAAACCCAGGCCGCGGCGGCGGCCGCCCACUGCGGCAACAUCGCCGUCGCGAAGGUUCGGAGGACAAGGGAGAGGAGGUGGUGGCUAUGGCGAAUCCGGCGGCCGUCGCGUGCGAGGAGGGGCGAAGGACGCCGGGAGUGGGGGACCGGAAGGCGGCGCGACGACGCGGUACGGUGAAACGUGGGACGACUCCCGGAUGGCGGCGGGUCGCAAAGAAGAGCGGUAGUUGAAGGCGCGCUGGCGUCGAGCGCCCACAAGCGUGAAGUUUAAACGGUCGUGAUGUAGAAGAGAUGGAGCAGGCUUUUUUCUCACGCGUUGAACUUAAGCGAGGAGGAGAUGUUCGGGGUAUCCUUCUUCGAAAAGUCUCAAUAAUCGAUCGUUUUGGCUGCUGACAGGUGGCGUACAGUUUUAUCCCACACAUGAAGGGGCAACGAAUGCACCCAAUCAUGACUUUUGUAGCAGGCUUGUUGGUGGGUAAUGUUUGUUCGACUUUCCGAUAGAGCUAAGCUCCGAUCGAUUUUGUGGCAUCGUUCGGAUUUGCCGCCCUUAGAUUGUCCCCUCUACUUGUUCUGCGGGGUCCCAAACAAAGUAGAAAGCCUCUAUCUUUGUUUGGAAGUGCCCAGGGUUAUGCAUCCCCUCGGCCUCUUGUAAAUAUUAUGCCGGUGGUGCAAGUUUGAGAACCAUAAAGCACGUUUUAGGUGGUACCCUCGAAAACCCUCUGGUGUCAUUGAUAGGAACGCGGGUCUUCUACGUGCGUGUAAUGCCCGCGUUUCGUACCUACUGCAGAGGUGCCGAACGGUCGGUGUUCAUGAGUACAUGCUUGAGGGAUUGGCGGAAGGCUGUAGCCUUCUCGCGUUAACCGCAGAAGAUUUGUCGACUACGAUCGGAGUUGUUCACUUAGAGAGAAAAGGCGGCAGGUUAGGCUAGAACUGCGAGCCACCGUUUUCGUCUGCCACGUAAAAAAAGUUGAUCAUACUCGAUCGUUCAAAAUUAGAAGUAUUUUGAGCCCGCAGCAGCUGAAAUAUC